AUGAAACCUAAGAAAAAUCUAGGUAAAUCUUCGUCGAAUCAACCUCCUCCUGAAGCAGAGAAACCAACUUCAUCAAAUGAUGUAGAAAGUGAAGAUCAAGAAGAAGUGAAUGAAGGAGAUGCACCAGAUGCCGAGACUCAUGAUAUGACAACAAUAAGAGCAAAAGAAAAGACGAAGAAAAGAUCACAAGAAGUAACACCUUGUAGUGAUCCGACUCCGCAACCUCGUCACACAAAACCAUUGGUUGCAAAUGCAAGGAAUGCAAGUGGAGUUGUGACUGAUGGAGAAAGUGAAGGCGGAGGAAAUGGAGUUGGAGCUGAAACUGCUAAAGGAAGUGAAGGUGUACUUGUUGUUACUGGAGGAACUGAAAAGAUGUAUGAUGUUGUGACAGUUUGUGGUUUUAGAGAAAGAUUCUGGCCCGAAACCAUGACUUUUCUACUCCAGUUCGGCGAGAUGACUAUGACUCCGGAUGAUGCAAAGAAAAUCACCGGUCUUGCUUUGGAAGGAAAGGUUGUGUUUGAGGGUUUCAACAAUUCUCUUCCUUUUGAUGAGAUUUAUGUUUUGGCUAAAGACUGUGUUGGGUUGGGCAAAUAUGAAGCGGAAGAAGAGUUUGAGAUAGGGUAUGGAGCCGCUCCCAGAGCUAAAAGGCCAUUUAGUCUACCGGGUGAAUAUCGUGAAACAAUUAAUAUGUCAAGGAAGAUUAACCUUGUUCGUCUGAGGGAGAAGUUGGAGGAAUAUAACCGCAAGACUGCUAGUGGAGAGAUCGUGAUGGACGCAGAAAGAGCUAGACAUACGGCUAUAGCUUACUCGUUGCACUCCCUUGGGACCGUCUUCUUUCCCGAUUUCUCAAGAAAUAAGGUAAAUGCUUGUUAUUUGCAGUGGUUGAAGACUCUCAGUAUCGAUCCGGAAACAAACGAGGUACCUAAGUACUCGUGGGCCAUCGCCCUCCUUGCCAGUGUGAUGGAAAGUCUUUGCAAAGCUUCUAGGUGGAACGAAACACAAAUUACGGGAUGUGUUUCUCUUAUACAGUCAUGGGAUUACGACCAUUUUAAAUGCUUGAGACCUUCUUGGGAUACAAAAUGGCCUCUAGAGAAACCCACAGGAGGAAGAUACCCCUUUGGAGGGACCCAACACAAGGCUCAAGAGACGGAAAUGGUCGAAAUGAGGAAAAAGUUGGAUGCUUUGAUAAUUGAUGAUGUGGUGUUUGAUCCAUAUUUGAAACUUGACGAGGAAUCACAAGAAGAAGUUGGUGAUAAAUAA